UAAAAAAAAAUCACUCCUCAGUCAUACGGCUGGAGCUCAGCGCGCGCACCAGAGCAGGAAUAUUUAUCUAUAAAUAAUAAUAAUAAUAAUAGUAAUAAAAGAAUGUAAUCAUAUAUAAAGGGUUCUAUAGAGGCUAAAGGACCGGCUUGUGCUGCAGUCACACCACCGCUGCGGAGAAUUUCCGCCGAGUCACCGAGUGAAGACCUUGUGCUCAUACCCAUGGUGGGGGAAGCAGUCAAUGGAGGACACCACCCUCAAACAGCCCACUAUGGUUUCCAGACUACCAAAAUUUGGCUCACGUGCUACACCUGCUGCUGGACCCAUAACCAAUGGCUCAUCCAAUAACGUUUCUGCUGGAUGGGCUAAAGCAGCACCUGCAGGAAAGCCGAACGGCAUCAUUAGGGUCGCUGCCACCUUUCCUGUGAAAGGGAGGAAGGGAAGGGAGGAAUGUGGAGAGAAGGUUUCAGAUUCUGGAGACGAGACUCGAGCAGUUCUUCAUUCUCAGCAACAGCCACGCUCUGCAGUGACUGUUAGACAAAUUAGAAAGCCCUCAGCUUCCCCAUUAGGUAAAACCCAAAGUUCUAUCCCCAAUAUACCAAGUACCAUUCCUAGGACUAUUACUCAGACCAUAAAAACAAACCCAUGCCAUUCUGCCCCCAAACAGCCCCCACCAAUAAAACCUCUCUGCAGCAAGCUUGGUGUGAAUGCAGCUGCUGCUUGCCAGGGGUCUCCCUCGUCUCUGCAGGGAAGUCUUUCUCACUCCAGUGACAGUCUCAAAUCCCUCUCUAUGGAGAAUGCUGUGCGCUCUCAAAGCUUCUCGUAUUUAAAGAGGCCUGCAGCUGCCACUGACCCACCUCUCACACGUUCCUUCUCAUUUAACCGGGCAACAGAGCUAGCGAAAGAGCUGCCCAGGCCACUGGCACAGUCUCCUAUAGCUAAGUCUCCUGUUACUCAGGCCUCAAUGGUGUUGGAUCGUGUAGCAAAGACUACUAUAGCAACAUGUACCAUCUCCUCCAUGCCAUCUUCAACUAUGAAGAAAUCUCUUCUGCCUAACUGCACUGAUGGAAAACCUUCAUCAGUCAGCUAUAAGCUAAUGCGGCCAUCACUCAUUAAACAACCCCGGCAAGUUCUACCAGUUAAAGUCCAAGGGAAGAUGGAUUUAUCAGAAAGGGUUCAAGAGUGUCAAGAAAAAUCUAAUAAUGUUUCUGAACCAUCCAGAAACACACACAGUGCUGGGACUACUCCUGAGGAACCAUUUUCCAACAUGGAGGCAAGUACCAGCCGAGGUCAAUCUCUGGAGAUUUUGGAGGACAUGUCUUUAUCUUCCACAUCCUCUCUGGAACGUAAUGAUGUGAGCGAAGAAUACAUGGAUGACUUUGAUGACCUUGGCAAUGGAGGUGGAAUCCUUUUCUUGCCUGUUCAUGAGGGGAAAAAUGCUCAUAUAGGGCUCUUCAAGGAGCAUAACACUCUUAUUGGUCAGUGCCAGGAGAGAAGUCUUCACAGCUUUGUGUCUGAGACAGUAGACUGGGACGAUAUAGGCCUCGAUGGAAGCAAUGCAGUAGCUGAUGCUUUAGAUCGCUGUGGAACUCAGGCACUGUGUGCAGAGAGUGAUUUACCGCACGGCUCCUCCCUGGAACUUUCCCCUUCAGACAGCUCUGGUGGAACCUAUAUGUGGGAUGAGGAAGUUCUGGAACCGAUUGGACGACCCACACAACUCUGUGGGAGCUUUGAUUCCAACCUUAACAGCAUGGACAUUCUCAAUAAUUUGGACAACUUAGACUCUUGUGAUCUGGAGGAGGAUGAUCUCAUGCUGGAUGUGGACUUGCCUGAAGAUGUCUCUCUCCAGAGUGAUGUUGAUCAAUCGGAACGUAAUUUCUGGCCGUGGAUAAAGAGACAGCAGUGCAGAGGAAGAACAGAGCAGCUACACUGUGAGGAAAGGGAAAGAGACGGAGAUCUAGGGGUGUAUGGUAACAGUCACACACUGGGUUUGAGUGUGAGAGAAUCGGGACACUUGUUUUUGGAUGAGCUGAUACUGAGGCACAUGACCCAGGACUGUACAUCUGUCAAAGAACAGCUGUUUCAUCUGAGGACACUACUGCAGAUUGAAGAAGAUGGAUCAGUUGGUGAAACUGAGCCGUCAGUGUCCAGUCCGUCCUCUGAAGAGCCGAGCGAUCAACAAGUGAAUGAGCUCUUGAAGGAGGUGCAGAAGCUAAGAGAAGAGCUCAGAGGGAAAGAUGUACUGAUUUCUAAACUCACUCAGCGGCUGGCAGCUAAAGUGCAGGUGACUCCGUGCAUCUGCCAGCAGGGGGAGCUGCAGAGACAAGAGCAUCAGGAUAAAAGCACUCAGACUCCAUGGAGAGCGCAGAAUGAUUUUCCUCCUCCUCUCUCCGAGGCGGAUGCAGCAGGGGACGGGUCGAGUGUGUGUGCCGCUCCACUACAAACGGAGAGUGGAGGAGUUAGUGCAUUACUUCACAGAUACAGCGUGCCUCAGAUACUACAGCCUUUCCAGCCCAAGGCCAGCAAUCACUACAAGUUGGCAAGAUCUUCCCACCAAACCCUUUCAGAGGCCCUCAGUGACCCCAGUGUGGACGUCCAGCCUGGUGAUGGUCCAGUGAAGCCCCAGUCCUGCACUGUAGUUUUACCCGAUUCUGCCUCCUGUAAUGCCACGCUUCCUCCCUCUGUGCCCUCGACUGCACCUGCUGUUAGUGCCACUGCUGCCUCUUUAUCCUCCAACACUCUGAAUUCAGAUAAUCUUCUCCUCCUUCUAAACACCCGUCUCCAAAUUAAUGAACCACACAACCCCAGGGUUCAGUUUAGUAACUGUGUCCCGCUGAGGAGGACGAAUCCACAGUCCAGGGACCUUCAGACAUUCAGCAGAGACAAAAAAGCUCCUGUUCUCAUAAAAACGAGAGGAGGUGAGCAGGUCAGCUUAGGUAGAGGAGUUCAAGGGGCAUUUGUUUCUAACCCAGGUUUCAGUGGUCCAUCUAAGACCAGACAUCUGCCCCCUCCAUCCCGUGGCCUGCCCUGCAUCAGCUCAGUAUCUCAGUCUAGCUUAACUCCAUCACCACACAGCUCUGGCUUCAGAACCAGCUCAGCUCCUAGAGAUGAGAUCAGCUCAGGCCGAUCUAAAGAUCCAUCCAAUGCCUGUAACUCUCGCCUCCCAAAGCCAAAGAGCCAUUAACCCUUUCCAUUUUUUCUGCUCGACUUCUCCUCCUUUACAGAUCAGUUCAGAACACUAGGCUCCACACUCCAUGGUGUUUCUCACAUGGGAUUCGCUCCAAACACUGCUGAUCUCUGAGCUCAGAUUUACCUGACGUGUGUGUGACUCUAGAUUCUACACACAAACACACCGGCGAGGGCAAAUCCCUCUGCAUUAGCAGUUCCUCUACAUACUCUAAAGUAGGGGAAUCACAAGUUCAGGUCUUGAUGUGUUCUGGAGUCUAGAGAGUGUAAUUGGCUGUUGGAGUUCGAGUGGGAGGGGCUUUAAACAAUGACCUGUCAAUCACCGUGACACUGUCCAAUCAUGAGCUCAUAAAGGGCAGAUUUCCUCUUGGUGAUGACAAUCCUGUUAUUGCCUUGAAAUCUUCACAGCAGUAAUAAAGUAAAUUACAGUUCUGAUUCCUGUAGAAAAGGAAGAAGACCCUGAUGACAAUCCAGAAGAUUCCAAAAUUUUCCAUAACACAAUGCUGCUCUUUCAUCACCACGCAGCAGCACCAUGCAGACGGGCGGAGCGCUUCAACUUCCAAAUUAAUCUAAUAUAUACCUGCUGUGUGUGUGUGUGUGUGUGUGUGUGUGUGUGUGUGUGUGUGUGUGUUUCUCAGUCUAGUGGAGGAAAGCAAGACGAAGUGUGUAAUGAGUGAGUGAUAAAUCAGCAUAGUUUUUGUUUUGUUCUGCAGAAACUUUCACUCCUUUCGUUUUUUAAACGAGUGUGUGUUCACUCAGAUUGUUGCUUCAUUAUGAUCUUAGUGAUGCACAUGAUCUAUUCCAAAAUGUCCACCUUCUUCAUCAUAACAUCAGAUGUUUCUUCAUCUGUAGUUUAUUCAGAAUGGAUGAGAGGAGAGGUUCUUUCAGAUCAGCUUCAGAGCUGUGUGUGUGUGUGUGUGUGUGUGUGUGUGUGUGUGUGUGUGUGUGUGUGUGUGUGUGUGUAAAAGCCAGAUCAUCUUUUUGACCCUUUAUAAUUUAUUCAGUCACCUCUAAUGACCUGUGGGAGGGGCCGAGCCAUCAUCUUUGAGGCCACGCCCACCAUAUGCGAUCUGUUUAAUGAUUCACAGUGGAGCUGAACUGAACUGCGCCCCCUCACACACACACACACACACACACACUCUUUCUCUCUCUUUCUCUCUCUUUAUACACACACUACACACAACUUCCAAGUUUCUAUGCAAAAUUUUAUUUAGUACUUAGAGCUUCCUGGAGUACAUGAUAUGUGUAACACUACAGCACUGUGUGUGUGUGUGUGUGUGUGUGUGUGUGUAUUCAGAGUGAAUAAGUGAAUUGUAGAACUACAGUAAGUAAGCACACACACACAGACACAGUCAGUUUGAAGAUUUAGAGGAAGCAAUUCAGUGAGAUUUCUAACUGACUGAAAACAUAAACGAUGAUUUUUAUUCUAAUUUUCAUUUCAAACCUUUUUUUUAAGUUUAUUAUCGUGAUGCUGCUGCUAAAUGAUUUUGUCUGGUUGUUCUGUAGGACCUCAGGACAGAGGAGUGUUUACAGUUUUUCACUUACAUGAGAAUCUGAUGCUAUUUUUUUUCUUAUUAAAUUAUUUUGAGACCUGGAGAGGAAAUGAGCGUUUAUAGCUGCUAUAACGUAACUGACAUUUUGCCGAUGUGCCACGUUUAACGUAGAAAUGGAUAAGAAAUGUAAUGUUCCUGAAUAAAUUCCAGCAUGUGGUUGAGUAUAAACGAGUUACAGGAGGAAUAAAACUGGACCAUGCUGUUUGGGGAACUGGUGACCUUCAGGAAGGUCACAUCACGCAGCCCUGUCACAGAUUAACUUUCUCAAACUGCACACCCUUGAGAUGGUUAUUAACGUGUGAGGUGUAGAAGAGCGUCGAGUAAAAGUUCCUCAUUAAUGUUUGGAUGUUUCACAUUUUGGAGUCUGUGUAUCAGAAACUGCUGAUUUUGGAGAGAAAAUAUUUCAGACGACGUCACUAACGAACUCUGCAUUUCAUCAUUCGCUUCUGAGUUCAGCUCCGCCCACAGAUCCGUGUGUGUGUGUGUGUGUGUGUGUGUGUGUGUGUGAGAGGACUCGUGUGUCUCAGCUGCUGAUCAGGUGUUUGGUUCUCUUCAUUUUUUCAUAUGAAAAUUAAACGAAGUUUUAGAAAACCAACACACACGCAGAUGAAUAUGAAGAAUCCUGUAUGUGGACUUUUUAUCAUUUUUGCAUCGCGUGUUUGUUGGCUGCAAUCGUGAGGAACACUGCGCUGUACAACCGUGUUCAUAUCGCACACUAACUCCUCACUGUACUGUCUCAUACACACUCAUAACACACUCAUUACACACUUAUAACACACUUAUUACACACUUAUAACACCUAAUUUCAACAAAUACGCACAACCGCAAAACCAUGAGUCAGUAUUAGUGUCAUCUGAUUUCUACUGUCUGAGAGCAGGACAUAAAGGUGUGGUCUCUCCUCUGUGUGUGUGUGUGUGUGUGUGCACAGACUGAAUUAUAAAGGUUUUGGUUAUGAAUCUGAAAAGUUGCUCAUGUUUCCCUCUGAAGCUCGUCUGAUGUUUGGGUCGUGAUUCCUUCAGCUUGUCUGAGUGUUAAAAUUCCCUGGUCAAUAUUUCAUCAUCAUCAGAACCACGUCUUCUUUAUAACCUUUAGAAUGUUUUUGUGUUUCUUUGUGUUGAUUGUUUUGUUUUGGUUUUGGUUUUUUUACACUGGAGCUGAACUUUGUGCAAUAAUAGAACAUGCAGAUCUACAAACCAGAUGAAUUUGCACUGUAAUGUACGAUGGAUGAAUUGUACUUAAUUUAUUAAAUGUUAAUUAAGUCUCAUUAUUGCUGUGUGCUAAAUGAGGGAAGAUCCGGGAUGAAAGCGGUACUUUAGGUACUCAUCAUCAUCACACCCAGAGAUGGAUGAGAAACAAAGCGCUUUUUUUCUUUUUGCUUCUGUGUCCUGAUCCCUGUCUCCGAAUAAAGACAGAAACAAAA